GGGGGGCUUCGGGGAGGGUGUGUGGUGGGCGCGGGAAGCCGAGUUCGGCGCGAUGGGGAGAGGCAAGCGGCCAAACCGCACGUGACUGAAGGGAGGAGGACGUACCACCACAGGACAUGGGCUCGCAGAGGGAGAGGGUGUACAUGGUAUUGCCAUCAGAGACAGAGAAGGUGCCGGUGAGCUUGGAGAGAGAGUACACGUCGUCGUUAUCGACAAGAUUGUCUCGGCAGUCAAUGGCCUGCCCGCUAUGCGCCAGCGCAAGCAGCGCAACGCAGCAGAGCAACAGGACUCGCAUGGAGAGAGAAUUAGAGUCGAGUGUCUGACCAUCAAUCAAUGCAAUCAUUUGAUUGUUCAUCCAUUUCAUUGAUGACUCGCCGCACUCUGCACGUCACGCCCAUCAUGGCAUUGUGGGCGUACGUAGCAGUCUCUCUUCCCGAUCUGGCGGCCCUCUCUUCUGGAUCGAGCACUGCCCUCCCAUCAUGUUGUUAGUGGCGAGAAGCAGAGGUGGUGGAACUGGCCAGGUUCGAACCUGGCCACCUGCAACUGCACGGUGUGGAGAAGAAGGGGCAAUGCAGGACACACACGCCCAGGCCAGCAGCCACAUACACAUCACUUCAAAGGAGAAGAUGCUGCGGAAAGGGAUGAAGGCGACAGGAUUGGUGGUGGUGGUGGUGGGUAUGUGCCUCGCGGUGGCUACGGCGGCGCUGGUCUCGUCGCGGCAGUCGGUGGUAACCUCUGUGCCAGACGUCGGCUCGGACCAUCCGUGCUACAAUGUGGGUGGUGAUCUGCCCAAGGACUACGAGCCGUCGGGACUGGUGUGGCACGCGGGGCUUGAUCGGCUGUAUGUGAUUUCAGACGAGGGCUCGCUCGGCGCGUUUUCUCGCUCGGGCAAGCUGCUGGACUCGUGGGAUCUGCCGGCGUCGGAUCUGGAGGGUGUGACGGUCGACAAUCCGUUCAAUGGCUCGUUGCUGUUUCUGGCCCAAGAGUACCCACCGGCGCUGCUCGAGUACUCGCUGGUGGCAAACAAGCUGACCGGCCGCGUCAUCAAUGUCGUGGACUUUCCAGCCGAUGCAAAGUCGGGCAUGGAGGGCGUGACGUUCAACUUUAACACGGGCGUCCUCUACGCCGGCUCACAGUACGACGGCAACGUCUACGCGUACUCGUUCGACAUUCCCGGCGGUCUACUUACUCCGCUGUUCAACAUCACCACUCCGUGGGAUCGCGACUGCUCCGGCCUCUCGUUCAUUCACCAGCGCAACCAGAUCUUUGCCGUCUCAGACUCGCACGACCAGAUCCUGAUCAUGACGCCGGAAGGCGACAUUGUGGCGUCGACGCCCGUGCCUGGUGACGGCCAAGAGGGCCUCGCCUACAGGGUCUCCAAUGGCGGCACUGACGAGCUCUUUGUUGCCAACGACGACGGCAAGUCAGACUCGACCAUGUGGCGCUACGACUACCCCAUCGAGGCCAAGUGCUUUUAGUUCAGCUAGUCUGCUUGCCGGCUACUCCAUCAAAACACACAAAUACACGCGCACACGCACACACACACGCGAGCGCGCCACAGACCGGUCACCAGGUCACACGCGAUCGGUGCCGCGC